UUCUUCAUGCAGCGCUAUGGCUACCUGCCGGCGCCUGCGGAUGCGGACGUGCAGCCCGCGUACACGCCGCGGUCCGUCGCGGACGCCGUCCGCAAAAUGCAGGCCUUCGCCGGACUGCCGCCGACGGGGGUGUUGGAUGAGGAGACUAAGCAGCUGUUCACAAGAAAGCGCUGCGGCGUAAAAGACAUACCGAACCCCCGCCGCCGCCGCUUCGUGAUCACACAGGGCUGGGCCAACAAGAGCAUCAGCUUCCGCGUCAUGAACGGGGCCAAGUUGUUGAGCCGAUACCAGGUCGAGGAGCUGAUGACGGCAGCCCUGGCCGUGUGGGCGCCGUACGGAGGGUUGCAGUUUGUGAGGAAGGACGCGGGGAAAGCGGACAUUGAGGUGUCGUUCACUACUGGCGAUCAUGGUGAUAUGACCCCAUUCGACGGUCCGGGCCAAGCGCUAGCCCACGCGUUCGGCCCGCCCACCGGCGCCAUGCACUUCGACGACGACGAGCUGUGGGUGGGCCACAUGACGUCAUCAGAGGACGACGAAGACUUCUACGAGAUGACGGACUUCUUCGCCGUGGCCGUCCACGAGGCGGGGCACGCGCUGGGGCUGUGGCACUCGGAGGUGCCGUCUAGUGUCAUGUACCCGUACUACCAGGGGACCGUCGAGCUGGACAUGGACGAUAUCAUGGCCAUGCAUGAGUUGUAUAUGAAAGACGACCAGUCGGAGACUACAGACAGUCCUCUAGCUGCGCCCUACACGCGGCCGGGCGAGGGGGCGGCGGACGGCGAAGGGGCAGGGGAGGGUGCGGGGAGAGGGGAGGAAGAGGACACGCCAGACAUCUGCUUCUCCAACUACGAUGCGAUACAGGUGAUCCGAGGGAAGAUCUUCGUGUUUGAGGAUGAGUGGCUGUGGGUGCUAAACAGUCGCCGCGUGGUGGCUCCAGGCUACCCGGUCCGCUACCAACACCUGUUCGCCGGCCUGCCCGCGCGCGUCGCGCUCGUUCGCGCCCUCUAUGAGAAGAGCAAUGGAAAUGUGGUUAUAUUCUCUGGAAGAGAGUACUGGGAAUUCGACACCAACUUCUACCUAACAUACACAGGCAAUCUAUCCGACUACCAGCUACCGGAAACAGUGACCGAGUUGACUACUGUGUUCCUCUCCAACUACAACAAUAAGACCUAUUUGAUCAGCGACGAACAGUUCUGGAGGUUCGACGAAGCGGCGUCCAAGAUGGACGCCAGGUAUCCAAAGAGCAUGGCCGCUUGGAGACAACUUCCGUAUCCGAUAGACGCCGCCAUUAUUUGGGAAGGAGACACAUACUUCUUCCAAGGGCCUCAGUUCUGGCGGUUCGACAACGCGCGCGUGGCGGCGCACCCCUACUACCCGCUGCCCGUCGCGCGCGUCUGGUUCCCGUGCGAGUUCAGAAAUGACAUAUAAACUAAACAACAUAAAACAAAAGUAGAUCAUGAUCUUAGUUUUCCCUAGAAUAAUAUUUUUUAAUACUGCUUUAGAAAAGCUUACUUGCUUAUUUUAGUAUAAAAUGAGUGAUUUGUUGAGGUUGAAAGUGUGCAUUUUACAACAGUAUUGAGGUGGUGUGAUAAAUGUAAUAUGUGAUGUGAUGAAUCCGGAUAUUUAUGAUGCACGAUGCAGAUAUUAUCUUAUGAAUACUUAUAUUUAUUUACAUUUUAUAAUGAAAACGAUAGUUUUGCGUAUAAAUAUAUCACUUUAUUGUUAAAAAAAGAAAUCACAUUGUUCGGUUUUACGUAAAUUGAGAGAAUUAAAAUUAUAUUUCAUUAACAUUUUUGUUGCGUUGGUCAGUUGUGUUGUACGGAAUGUUUCAAUACUACACUAUGUGAUGUGAUCAUUUUAGAAUCAAGUGAAAUAUAACAAUAAUACUGGGUGAUAUUAUGUAGCCGUAAUCACUACAGUUAUUUCAAAAUUUUAUAAACACAUUACAUACUCAUGAUUCAUUAAUUUUCUAAAUAAAGUCAAUUUUGCGACCCUAACUUGUUCGAUUCAUAUUUUUUAUGUUAUUUUAACAAAAUAUCUUGGCUUGUAGCCUACAAAACAGCUUUGAGGGGAACUUUUAACUAGGAUAACAAUGUGU